CCGGGCCGGGCCGGGGGAGGAGCGGCGGCGGCAGACGGAAGUGAAAACAAGAGCGGGGGGACGGAGCAGCCGCUGCCCAGACGCGCCGCGGGUGUCCUCGCCUCUCCGCGCCCUGCACCGCGCCGCGCAGCCGGGGCAUCAGUUCUUUGGAUUUGAUCCUUGAAUACUAAACAUCAUGAGCAACUACAGCGUGUCUUUGGUCGGCCCGGCUCCUUGGGGUUUCAGACUCCAAGGGGGCAAGGAUUUCAACAUGCCUCUAUCUAUCUCUCGGCUUAACGAUGGUGGCAAGGCAGCCCGAGCACACGUGGGGAUAGGUGAUGUGGUUCUCACCAUUGAUGGGAUAAGCACGGAAGGGAUGACUCAUCUGGAAGCACAAAACAAGAUCAAGGCAUGCACAGGCAAUUUGAACAUGACUCUGCAAAGAGUGGCUUCUGUACCCAAACCCAAUCUUGUUCAUGUACCAAAGGGAGAACCUACAGAAGUAGUUAAGCCUGUGCCCAUUGCCUCUGCUGUCGCACCCAAAGUCACUGCCACGGCGAGCGUGGCUUACAAUAAGACACCGAGGCCGUUUGGAGCCGUAACCUCCUCCAAAGUCACCUCCAUCCCAUCACCAUCCUCCGCCUUCACCCCAGCCCAGGCGGUGGCCCCGGCCCCGGCCCCGGCGGCUGCCGCCCCGGCCCCGUUUGCUGCGCCCGGACUGCAUGUUAACGCCAAGCCUAACGCUGAGCAGCGGUCGCCUGCGCCGAGCGCUGCUAAACCUGCAGUUAAUGUCCCACGGCAGCCCGCCACGCACAAUGCCGCCGGUGACGGCGCCCAGGAUGUAGCCGAGGGGCCACGACGAGGAUUCAGAGAAAACCAGGGGGAGAGUAAACAGCAAAAUGGGAAAACCCCACCCAAACGCCCGCCACGGAAGCACAUUGUGGAUACCUACACAGAGUUUUACCACACACCCACCCAUAGUGAUGCCAGCAAGAAGCGACUGAUCGAAGACACCGAAGACUGGCAUCCCCGGACAGGCACCACCCAGUCCCGCUCUUUCCGUAUCCUUGCCCAGAUCACCGGCACUGAUCAUAUGAAAGAACCAGAACAUGAAGCUGCAAAGAAAACUAACGAUUCCCAGGAGGCUACCCAGCCCGCUGCUUUCACGGCCGCCCCGGCGAGGAGCAUGCCCGCCCACCAAGAGAGCGCGGACGCGAGACCUGCUCCCGCCAGCACCACACCUGCUGCAGCCCUCAAGCCGAUGGGACCCCCGGGCACUGCCAAGUACUCCGGCUGGCAGCCCCCAAACCAAGCAGCUCCUGCCAGUGGAUGGACAUCAAACAGCAUUAAAUCACCUGGAACAACUGCCCCAAGUGAAAAAUUUGUGACAGCACCUCAGCUAAAUGAGCAAGACACGUUGGUUCAGAGGGCAGAGCAUAUACCAGCGGGAAAGCGUACUCCCAUGUGUGCGCACUGUAAUCAAGUCAUUAGAGGACCCUUCUUGGUGGCUUUGGCGAAGUCAUGGCAUCCGGAGGAGUUUAAUUGUGCUCACUGCAAAACCUCCAUGGCUUACAUUGGAUUCGUGGAAGAGAAAGGGGCGCUGUAUUGCGAGGUCUGCUAUGAGAAGUUCUUUGCCCCUGAGUGUUCAAAGUGCCAGAGGAAGAUCCUUGGGGAAGUAAUAAAUGCUUUGAAACAAACUUGGCAUGUUUCCUGCUUUGUGUGUGUGGCCUGUCAUAACCCCAUCCGCAAUAAUGUCUUCCACUUAGAAGAUGGUGAUCCCUACUGUGAGACGGAUUACUAUGCCCUCUUUGGUACUAUGUGCCAUGGCUGUGAAUUCCCCAUUGAAGCUGGAGACAGGUUUCUUGAAGCUCUGGGCCACACUUGGCAUGACACUUGCUUUGUAUGCUCAGUAUGUAGUGACAGUUUGGAGGGGCAGACUUUCUUCUCCAAGAAGGACAAGCCACUGUGCAAGAAACAUGCUCACUCUAUCAACAUCUGAUGCUUAGAGCUCAUCCUGUGUAACAAAUGUACUGAGCAGAAUGAAAGGUUAACAUGUCUGUGUUCAAUAAUCAGUUAAAAUGAUUUAUAUAUGAUUUUCUAGAAUGGAAGAGAAAUGUGGAAACUUGCAGAUGGGGUUAUACACUAAUUUUUAGAGCAUUUAUCAGUUAGGGUUUUGCUUCACAAAGAGAUAGAAUUCAGGAAUUGCACCCAAGCGAAACAACUAGAGUGCCUUUACCUCCACACUUGGCAUGUUACUGUAUUGGUUUCAUGAUUUUAUGACUACAUUUAUAUCUGCUUCAGUGUGAGAAGUAAAAUGUCUAUAAAAAUAAAUACCUGAUAUUAGAGGUCUUAGUUUUGCUGCUAUUCAGCAAAUAAAAGAAGAUUGGCUUCAGCGAUCCAGAUCACUUUAUUGCACUGAUGUUUUUUACAGUGUGUCUAGAAGUAUUGCAGCUAAACUCCAUUAACAGGAAUUCGAAGUAAAAGAUAAGAUUACAUAGAAUACUUAGCUCAGUAACUGAUAUUUUUAUCUGAUGCUCAUAUACAUGAAACUUCCUGCACAACUACCUAUGCCUUUGCAGUUAAAUCUUUGAUGGGUCUUCAAAGGACGGAUUUUUACAAAGAAGUUAAGUGGUGUGGUGGCUAGGCUGAUGAAUAAGAACAGUUUAGAAGAUGCCACUUAGAAGAAAACCUAAAUGGGAUACUCUUCCUUCAGUCUUGUACUACAAGAAAACUAAUCAAAAAAACCUGCUAGUGAAGGUGUGUUUGACAGGAUGGAAAGGAUGGAAAUGUCAGAUCAGAUCUUAAAAAUAAGAAAUCCGGGAGUUACACACUUACAUUCGGAGUUCAGGUUUUAGAUUAUUUUAAGUUGCCUUGGAAAGGGGAAAUUGCACUGAACCUGCAGGUAACAGUGUGUUAUAUCCAGAAUGUGAGACUGGUGUUGAAUGAGGGAAACUGCUGAAGUGCAACUGAGGACAUUGUUUUUCUCUCAGUACAUUCUUUACCAUGUAGCUCAUGAAUAUGUAUAUUGGUGGUGUGCCAGGUAGUGUACCAAAAACUUACUUUCUUGCUCAGCUGUUAUGAUUUUUAUUAGUUUAGGUUUUAUUUCUCUCUUUUCCUCCAAAUGUAGGGAAUAUAUUGCUGAAUAAUAUAAUAUUGAGUCAGGCAGCUCAGUAUCUCUCAGUUCCUGCAAGGGAGCAGAGAGACAAUGCUGUCAUUAUGCAUUUACUGCGAGCCAGGAGAUGUAGCCUGUUCUGUGGCUUGAUAUGAAUUUUGCCUCCAUACAGAGUGUCAGGACAAGACCUGUGCACCAGCUAAGUCCCACUUAACUUCAAAUUAGGGCUUAAGUGGUAUGGAGCAAUUGUAGGCAGAUAGGGAAGAGGUGGUGACCCUCUGCAUGGCGUGAAUUUCGCUCCAGCAGAGUUGCACAACGGAGAAGGGGGCCCUCUCAGGGCCAGAUCAGAUUCCUGAAGGAAACGGAAUUUACACACUAUUUAAUUCAACUGGGAUGUCAGAGCUGAAUUAUCUUUAGCGCUCUUUCCAAUAGAUGUUGAAAGUAACCAUUUACUGGGUUUGGUUUUGGUGGGGUUUUUUUGCUGGGUGUUUUUGUUGUUGUUUCGGUUUGUUUUUUGUUGUUAUCUUUUGCUGGUUUGGGGUUUGUGGUUUUUUGUUGGUUUUUUUUUUUUUUUUUCUUUUAUUGAUACAAAGGACAGGUUUAUCCAUGAACCCAUGGAGAAGAAUACAAAAAGUUGCCAUGGCUGAGUAAAGAAAUUGUAAUAAGGCAUGUCAACAAAAGAGGGGGAAAGAAAACUAAAAUUGUUGUGCAGAAAUAUGAAAAGAUAUUUGACUUCCUUCUUAAUUCAGAAAGACAAAUUCAUGUUGUGGGGCUGUUUCACUUUAUUUCCUGAGGUUGUUUUUCUUCAAUACCACCACGUUUCUUUUUUUAACUUUUGGUGGUACAGAAGAAAUGGCAUAAAGCUGUUUAAAAUGUUUACACUCUUGCAGAUGUAGCCUUUUGUGAGUUUGGCUGAAAAUCAGAAGAGUAGAAGCAGACUGGACAAGAUACAGUAAUAUAUGAGCCAGGUUGCUUUUGAAAUUAGGUGGAAUGUGGAGAAAUGAGACCCAGAGACUACGUUUCAGUGGAGCUAUAUUGCACAUGCGUGAGGAAAGAGGAUGGGAAUGCACAGGAUAAGGCAUUCAGUGAUUUCUGCAAUUCAAACCUCGCUAUUUUAAAGUAGGAUAGAAACUUUUCAGUUUGCCCUUGUCCUUAAAAUCAAAUUGAAUUUUGUUUAGUUUUGUAAUUUUAAUUGGAACUCUAUUUCUUAAUCCAUGUGCUCUAGGAUUUGAAAUUUUGCCGUUAUUAAUGAAUUUGAGGAAAAAAGCCUGAAAGGCUCCAAUAGUACUGCUUCACUUAGCUGUUUUGCCUUUUAAUUUCUGCUUCUAUCUAUUUGUUUAAAAUUUAAAAGGAAACAUAGAGUCACUGAUACAUAAUGAAUAUUUUAUGGCUCUACCAAAUUAUAUAAAUCAACUAAAAGGAACAUAAUUUUUAUUGUUAUUUUAAUAAGUGAGAUUUUAGUAGAGCACUUUAUAAUAAUGCCAUAUAUCUCACUGAAUAUUUAUUACCUUUUUUGUUUAGGACUAUUUCAUAUUGCUAUCUUUGUAUUUUGUUUUAUUUGUAAGCCUGCAUAUUUACCUCUAGAAUAUUUUGGGGUGUGAGUGUGUGUAUGUGUAUGUGCUUAUAUAUACUACUCUAUACAUGCACACAUACACGUGUACAUUGAGAGACAUACGUAUAAAUGCACAUAUACAUACAUAUAUUUGACUGCAGACUUGACAUAGCAAAAACCAGCACAGUUUCAUCAUCAUUUGGGGAUUUAAUGAGAUUCCCAACUAUUUUUCAUAUUCACUUAAUUUAGCAUUCAUGUUUUGAGGAAAUGUUAGAAAGUCAGGAGAGACAUGUUAGCAACCUAACUACUGUGGUUUUUUGCAUGCAUUAUUUUUUUUUUUCCAAAACUGCCUGUAAGACAAUCGGUUUUAACUCUGAAGGUAGAAGGUCUUUAUGAGUGAAUAAUUGAAUCAUGAUGACAGUUUCAGUAUAUUGUAACUAAAUAAUUCAGAAUUAUGUGUAAAUAUAAAUGCUUAAUAUAACAAUGCAAUAAACUUAAAAGCAAAAGUUGA